AUGCCGAAGGUUUUUCAAGGAAGCAUUGAUGAUGAGAAGAUAGUCUCCUAUAAAUGGACUCAAGAUAAAGGACCUAGCAUCCCAUUGCCGGCUAUGAAUACACCUAUUCUUACUUUGGAUAACAUGGUGGCAGGCAACUACGUCUUCAGUGUGUUAGUAACUGAUAGUGGAGGACUCACAUCAACAGCAUCUGCACGUGUCAUAGUAGAAGCAGAACGUGAUGAUCCACCGAAGGCACAUAUCAACGAAUGCGGUAGCAAGGAUCACGUAGGAUCUCUUACAGUACGCCUUCCGAAACCGGAAAUAAACUUAUGUGGGAAUGCAUCUCAAGAUGAUAAGGGCAUUGUGUCAUAUAAUUGGUUCCGAGUAGACAAGCUUUCUGAAAAGCUUUCAGUCGAUCUUGCUGGAUCAACCACUAGCAUACUGACGCUAAGAAACAUACAAGCAAAUGAGCGUUUUGGUCCAUAUGAGUUCCAGUUAGAUGUGAAGGAUACCAAAGGGCAAAAGGACUCGGCUCGGAUCAGCAUAUUUGUCAAUAAAGCUGAAAAUCAGCCACCAGUAGCUGAUGCUGGCGGAAACCACACAAUCUUUCUUCCCGAAUCUUCCAUCGUGUUAGAUGGCAACGCAAAGGAUGAUGGUAGCAUAGUCAGCUAUCAAUGGACGCAAGUCGAGUGA